CCACUCACCGAGUCGCGGAGAUAGCGAGUGACCGAGUCGGACUCUUUCUUCUUCCUCUUCUUCUUCGUCUUCUAUUCCGCUCGCUGUCUGUCUGUCUGUCUGUCUCGCUCGUCGUCCUCAUCUCCACCUCGGCUUUCCUUGUCUCUUUUGAGGACCGACCUCGACCGCCAUUAAUUUCCUCUCCCUCCUCCUCAGACCGAACCUGCAAAAGUCGCAUUACCUGCGUGCCCCCUCUCUCUCUCUCUCUCUCUGCCACCACUCCCUGACACACUCCAACUACCUCCAUUACUCUCUCUCUCUCUCUCAUCAUGUUUCGCCUCGCAUUCAAUGAAGAUCGGUCGUACAGCAUUCGGUUUCUUCAUUGCGAGCUCUGACAGCGAUCUCACCCCUCCUCCCGAGGCUCCGUCACUCCUCCGUCGCGGCAGUUACUAGCCAUUUCUUUCUCCCCUUCCGUUAACCAGCCCCGUCUCUCCGUUUUCCCCGUUUCCGUUUCCGUUUCGUCUUCGUGUUUCCGAGUUUCGACUCGGAGUCCGUCCUGAGACAUUCCUUCCGAGCAAUUAUUAACCAGCUAGCAAGCAGCAUUUCCGCCAUUUCUCUCCGACUAUAUAUUCUCAUUCCCUCGAUUUCGCGUGUUUCGUUUGCUUUCCCGGGAAAACGGCCGCCGUGUGUUCCCUUCCCGGCAUUUCGCGGCGUGUUCUCGGAAUCCUGUCUAUCUUUCUCUCCCGCACGUUGUCCAGAUUGUUCCCUGAAUUGAUGGAUGCGAGGGGGGUUUCAAUCUCUACUUGUCCUCUCUUCGGCGUGUUUAACCUUCACGUUCGAUUUGAUCAGGCUAUUCUUCGGUUUUAGGACCUGACCUGCUUCAUCUCCAGCAACUUCUUCUUCUUCUUCUUCUUCUUCUUCUUCUUGGCGGUGAAAGUGAGAACUCUCGAGAUACUAGAGCUCCAAAUUUCUCUCCGAAAUGGGCCAUGUUUCCUGCUUUCUGUUGCUUUUUCUUUCGGGAAUCAUCAUGCUAAUUCCGACCACACACCAACUGCAGACGUAUCAAUCGCAGGUCCUGCUUCAAGUACGGAAGCACCUGGAGUACCCACCAUUUUUGGACGUUUGGGUAAAUUACACUGGAGAUGUCUGCAGCGUCCCUCACUCUCCCCAGUUGAGCAUCUCCUGCCAAGACACCUUCAUCACCGAGCUCAGGAUCAUGGGAGACAAGCGCGUCAGGGGCUGGGACUUCGAUGGCCACGCAAUUCCCAACCAGACUCUGUCGGAGACCUUCUCUGUCGAUUCCUUCGUGACCACUCUGACGAGGCUGACCAGCUUGAGAGUGCUCAGCCUGGUCUCCCUCGGCAUCUGGGGACCGCUCCCUGAUAAAAUCCACCGGCUAUCUUCGCUCGAGCUCUUGGAUUUGAGCUCGAAUUACUUGUUCGGCCCGAUCCCGAGUCAGAUAUCGAGGCUGGGGAGCCUCCAAAUACUGACUCUAGAUGGGAAUUACUUCAAUGGCAGCGUUCCUGAUGGCUUGGACUCCAUGUUCAAUUUGACCGUCUUGAGUCUCAAGAACAACCGGCUCGGCGGUCCGUUUCCGUCAUCCAUUUCGACGAUAAAGACACUCACUACUGUGGCUCUAUCUAAGAACGAGAUGACUGGUAAAUUGCCUGAUUUGGGUGCCUUGAGCAGCCUUCACCUGCUGGACUUGAUAGACAAUCAUUUCGAUUCCGACCCGCCUAAUUUGCCAAAAGGGUUGGUCACUGUGCUUCUGAGUAGGAAUUCUUUCUCUGGUGAUAUUCCUGAGCAAUAUGGUGAAUUGGGUCAGCUCCAACACCUUGAUCUGUCCUUCAAUCUUUUGACCGGAAUGCCUCCGCAAGCCCUGUUCUCUCUGCCGAACAUCAGUUAUUUGGAUUUGUCCUCGAACAUGUUCAGCGGUUCGCUCCCGGGGAGUCUACAUUGCGGAAGUAAGUUAGGCUUGGUAGACAUAUCUAACAAUAAGUUCAUCGGCCAGCUUCCUUCAUGCCUGGGCACUACUUCGGCCAAGCCCGUGGUUAAGUUUAGCGGGAACUGUUUGUCCGUUGAUGUUAAACAUCAGCACAGCGAGUCUUACUGUAAGACACCUGCUGGGGGGAGGAAGCAUUUCCUUAGAGGAGAAUUAGUAGUUUUGAUAGCCGUCCUCCUUGGUGCUGCUCUCGUCAUUGUGCUUUUGGCGAUUGGACUUCUUAUCUUCCGUAGGAAAGUUCGUUCUAGAGGACCAUUUGAGCAGCAUGAUUUUCCAAAGGUUGUACAAGAGAAUGCUCCUACUGGGCUGUCUGCCGAAUUCCUGGCCAACGCCAGGUUGAUAUCCGAGGCAGCGAAGAUAGGGUCACAAAACGCACCUUCAUAUCGACUGUUCGCAUUGGAAGAGUUGAGGGAAGCGACGAAUAACUUUGCUGCAUCAAAUUUUAUUGGUGAAGGCUCUAUCGGGAAGCUUUACAAAGGAAGGCUUGAGAGUGGAGCCUAUGUUGCCAUUCGAUCCAUAGCCUCGCUGAAGAAACAUUCAGUGCAGAAUCUCAGGGUUCGGCUCGACUUGUUUUCGAAGCUCCAUCAUCCACAUUUGGUCGGACUUUUGGGCCAUUGUGUUGGUGGUCAAGCACAAGAUGAAUCCAGUACUAAGGUCUUCCUCAUAUACGAGUAUGUGGUCAAUGGAAAUUACCGUACCCACUUAACAGAGAAUUCUCUGGAGAAGGUUCUGAAUUGGUCAGAUAGAUUGGCCAUACUCAUUGGUGUUGCCAAGGCUGUGCAUUUUCUUCAUACCGGAGUCAUUCCCGGUUGCUUCAACAAUAGGUUGAAAACAAAUAAUAUAUUGCUUGACGAGCAUCAGAUUGCCAAGCUAAGUGACUAUGGGAUGUCCAUUCUCACUGAUGAUUUCGAAAAGUUGGAGGCAAAGGGAGAAGGACAUAAAACAGGUCGGAAGAUGAACAUGGAGGAUGAUGUGUACAAUUUCGGAUUCAUAUUACUCGAGUCCCUUGUCGGGACCAUAGUUACCGGGAAAGAAGAGGCAUUUCUGCUGAAUGAAAUGGCAUCUUUCGGUAGCCAGGACGGACGGAGACGGAUUGUGGACCCAAUUGUCUUAACGACUUGCUCACAAGAGUCGUUGUCCAUCGCGGUAUCCAUCACGAACAAAUGCAUAUCUCCCAACCCGUCCGCUCGGCCCUCUUUUGAGGACGUCCUCUGGAACUUACAGUAUGCGGCCCAAGUCCAGGCGGCCUACGAUACCGACCAAAAAUCCGACACUGCCUCUCAGUCCUGAGGAAGGGCCUGCAUUUUCAGGGACCGAGCUCUCCUGUAAAUAGUCGGGGGGGCUACGCAGGCGUAAACCGAUUCUUCUUUCGAUUUCUCAAUACAGGCGAGAGCGUGAAGCAGGCUUUGACAUGUUUGCCCAUUUGAAUCUCGAAUCCGUCCGCCAUACGGUCUCAACAGCAAGCAUCAGCAUCAGCCCGUGAUGCUCAAUCGGAUUAUUCUCAUCUGGAUGGUACAUCGUUCGGUGAUGCUUUGUCCUGGAAAUGGCUGUCUUGUCCAGGAGCAUCUAUCGACUCUCUCUCACACGGUGUCCACAUUUCUUUAAUUUUGGGCUUUUUACUCGGCCUUAGGUGGUCCAGUCAUUGCCACUCCCCACUGAAAAAUAAGACGAUUCCAAAGCAUUUGAUGGAUUCUCCACCGUCCAUGGUUGGCCGUGAGCUGUGCUGUACGAGCUGAAGUCAACGUCACCCACGAACCAAUUCGUCUUGCUCAUCACUCCCAUCUCCUUUCGCUCUCGCGAGAACUUGUCUUGUCGUGCCGGCUUCCAAAGUUUCUGGCUCUGCUGUUGCAAUUCGUAUUCACAUGCUAUAUUCAAAUUACGAGAUGGUAGAAAUUGAUUUACUUUCUUUUUUUUUUCGAUAUUUUAUCUGAAACUCCAUAAGUCAAAGUUGCAUUUAUUAAUUCCUUUCAAUUUUGUAUUCGUUACAUGUUCCAAUUUGUAUAUAAAAAUUGUUUUUAUU